AACGCCUUCGUCACUUCCGGCUUCGGUGACAACACUCGUCAUUUCCGUUUCCAACAUCGCAGGUGAUUAGGUAGAAAACGUUUGGAAAGUGAAACUGUCAAAAGCUGUGAGGACGUUGAUGGGAUGGCCUGAGAAAGACCCCGACGGCGUAUUACGAGUGAAACAAUCUGUGCGGGUGAAGCGAUGGCCUGUGCCCGGGUGCCACUGGAUGAGCAGCAGGUGACAGAGCCUGGCCCUCUGGGGAAAGAGCGCACUCUUCCAGCUCUUCAUCCUGAAAGGCAGGAGGAUCGUUAUUUUGUGCCUUACAAGCCCCCACCAGAAGAUGGCUCUCCUGCUGAGGUGGAGGAAUUUCUGGAACAUGGGAAAUUCAUCACAGAAGACUUGGAGUGGCUGCUUGCACUGCCCCAUGACAAAUUCUGGUGUCAGGUGGUGUUUGAUGAGUCCCUACAAAGAUGUCUAGACUCAUACCUCCAUCACGCUCCUCGUGGCCUCGACCUCACUUCUUUGCCAGCCUCUCCAGCGGUGGCUGACAUGCAGCGAUCUGUGCACCGGGCCGUCUUCUUGACCUUCCUCAGGAUGGCAACGCAUAAAGAAUCCAAGGAUAACUUUAUCACACCAGCCGUGUUUGGAGAAAUUAUCUAUGAGAACUUCCUGUUUGACAUUCCUAAAAUUUUGGAUCUGUGUGUGCUGUUUGGAAAGGGCAACAGCCAACUGCUGCAUAAGAUGAUCGAGAACAUAUUUACCCAGCAGCCAUCCUACUACAGUGACUUGGAUGAGACAGUGCCCACUGUUUUACAGGUUUUUGACACUAUCCUGGAGAAGUGUGGUCUUCAGUGUGAAGGGGCUACCGCAAUGGAGCCUGUGAAGCUGGAUACACACAAACGACCCACUGCAAUGACCAUGAGCCAGCAGCAACUUGUAGAUGUUAUUCUGUACCUGUGUGACUCCACCACCACUGUCCAUGCCUUCUUGGAUAUCUUCCCCUCUGCCUGCUCCAGCUUCCACUCCCAUGGAUUUGUCAGCAGACUGACCUCAUUUUAUGAGACCGCUGUGCCUGAGUUAGAGACAGCAGUUAGGAAAAGAAACUUUGAUGAUAAAAGUUUUCAGGAAGACUUGUGGAAGAGGUUGUCCCACUCCUGUCGCAAGAUGGUGGAGACGACUCACCUGCUGCUGCAUCACACCUGCUUGCAACCAAUUCUGGAGGGAAGAGAAAAUAUGCAAACAUUUGCAGAGGAACUCUUACAGCAUUUCACAUCGUUUUUACCUGAGAAAAGGUUCUUGUCAGACUAUGAUGAGCAGUUCCCGAUCACAGAGGAUGUCAGCCUCCUACAACAGGCCAUCCCUGUCAUUGAUGAGACCAGGACGUCCUACCUUCUCCAGGGGGUGGAAAGUGCCUGGGACAGUGUGGGGCGACGGAAACCAAAGAGCCAGUUUCAGCCCAUGUCCUCCUCGUUUUCAUCAGUCAGACAGGGAGUAGAGGGCGGUUCUCCUAAACGUCGGGAUGCUCGAGAACCAGGGGAUGGAGGCGAGAGCCUAAGGGGAGCGGAGGCUAUGCUGGAUGUUCCUCGAAAAGGAAACAACGUGAGCCUUGGGGGAGCUGUGUGUCCUGUGAGCAGCGCAGAGCUGGAGUCUCUGCUGUCAUGUAUCAAGGACCUGCUGCCUGACCUUGGCGAAGGCUUCCUAUUGGCCUGCCUGCAAGAGUACGGCUACAACUCUGAGCUGGUCAUCAACAACAUCCUGGAGGACCGGCUAGCUCCAAGUCUGGACAAACUGGACCGAGCCAUGCCCAGGCCAGUGAAGGAGGAGCUUCCAAGUGUUCUGUGCAACAGAUCCAACGUGUUUGAUGACGACGAGUUUGACGUCUUCCGCAGGGACCAGGUGGACAUGUCACGCAUCUGGAAGGGCAGGAGGAAAGGUGAAGAUGCCCGAGAGCUGCUGAAUGACAAGCAGCACAUAGCUGAGCAGAAGGCUCGGUACCAGGCGUACCAGACGGUGGUGGAGGAAGUGGUCCUUGAACCUGGUGAAACUGAAGGCGCUUACGGCCUGGACAACUACGACGACGAGUACGACGACACAUAUGACAUGAACCAAGUGGGAGCCAAUGACCUGGAUGGAGACAGUUUACUGAACAGGAGGCCUUUCACAGUCCCACAGGUUCUGAGAAAAAGUAACAAACCAGAGGAUGUGGAGAGUGAAGAUGAGGAGGAGGAACCUCUACAGAGCAAUGUAAACCGCGAUCAGUUUGUGCAGGACCCAGCUGUGCUGAGGGAGAGAGCUGAAGCUAGACGAGCUGCCAUGCAGCAAAGAAAGGGUUUCCGGCCGGAGCGUUCCACCAACGUCGUCGGUCGUCCUAAAGGACAGGGACAGACCACGGAGACACUCCUGGACCGGCGCAAGAAGGAGGCCAACAAGAGUCGCACAUCAAACCACAACAGGCGCACCAUGGCUGACCGCAAGCGGAACAAAGGCAUGAUCCCCUCCUGACCUGGCUCAAAGCGGAUGGGCUGAGCGGGUUCUGGUGCUGGGUCGGGUGUGCUGUAACUUCUGCUUUGGCCUCCAGAUGGUUCGGUCACUGGGCAUUUUCAGUUGUUUGCAGGUUUAUUGACUUUGCACUUGUGUCAUCAGGAGUCGGGCUUUAAUUGAAAUGUGUAAUCCACAACAAGUACUUCUAAUAUGUGAGCCAAAGGACAGUUAAUUCUUUGGCCUAAAUUGGUUUCUACAGCUCAUUAAAAAAAACAAAGUGUGAGCUGAGGGACUGAAGAAGAUAAAACCUAUAUUUUUGCCAAGUAACAAUUUAUUAAGAACCAGCGUGAAACAAUUACAUUUUGACAUCAUUAAAGAAUCAUAACGACAGGAAUAAAAUGGAAAAGACAUCCAGGCUUUUGGAAGGACUGCAGUUCCUCCCUCUGUUGCUGGAAGAACAAUUCUUAUCUGGUGAUAAAGUGGCAGAACUAGCAGGAGACAGAGUAGCUGUGAAAGCUGCUUGCAUGUAAUGGAACAGGUGUGAGUGUGUGAUGACUCACUGACAUCCACAGCAACUAAAAAGAUGCCUAGAAGAUCAGCUCCAAACCUCACGAUGCUGCUGGUUUGGCAGCUGUAAUGAAACCACACGUUGUCACGCACGGAGACUUUCCUAUGCAGAGACCAGAUCUGUCAAAGCGUUUGGUAUUAGUAAAAAGCAUGUGGUUGCUUUUGAAGUUGACCUCGCAAAAAAGUAAAUAAAUAUACGACUUUUUAAAAUCC